UAAAUAUACCAGCCUAAACAAUGCAUUCAUGUUAUUCAGGAUGUGUUGGGCUUUGAUAAUCCUUGUAUCAGCUGGUAUACAGUUAAUAUAUGCCAUGCCGAAACCAAAUUACGUCACCGUCUCUGUGUCUGCGUGCAGAAUCGAUAUACAGUGGAACCUUACACGUUUUCCUGAGUUCUCCAUUGCAAUUAAAAACGAAAAUGACAAAAACUUUUCGUUCAACCUUGUCACGAACGUCCAUAGCUUUAUCUACACUGGGAAGGCUGGACAGACGUACACAAUGAUAUGGGUGCCAGUAGAAAAUCGCAAUCGUAAUUAUUCCUUCGAAGAAAAGAAAAACGCUACAAUUCCCAAAGACUGUGACCGUCCGCCUGUCACAACUUCAGAGAAUGUGGAGAAUUAUCAAUUUGAUUGUUUGUCAACCUCCUCCAAUAUUCCUUUACGUAAUGAAGCAACCACUGACAUCCGUAUUGAUGCUGUACAUAGUACUAUUUCGUUACCAGACUCUAAGAGAGAAAACAAUGGUCGUUUCAGUAACGGCUUUUGUGAAAUCUACUUCUGGGCGUCUCUUCUUGCCAUUCCAUUAGUCGUGGGUGUCAUCACAACUAUUCUAUAUUUCUUUGUCAUGAGGAAACCUCGUGGUGCAAUUCCAAAUAGAAACGUUUCACCACAAGCGAGGCUUAACGCCAAAUCGACAUGCUAUGCCAAUGGCAAUGGUAUGAAUGAAUACGAUGAAGUUCAAUAUUCCCUCUCACAGGAUAUCUAGUCGUUUUGCCUGAUCGGAUUUCCCCUACUGGAAAAAUACGAAUUUCCUAUGACACUUAAGCCAAUGCAUUUAUUUUUCUUCUGAAAAACAAAACUGCUUCACUGCAAUCAAUCUACAUUUGAAACAGCCUUAUUGUAGAUGUGAAGAAGCCUGAACAUAAUCGAAUGUCUCUCAUAUAUAAAUGUAUUUCACUGUUUUUUUUAAUUUUAUUUUUUUGUUCAUUGUUAUAGUUUUGUUUGUAAUAUUGUACAUAAUUUUUGUCGAUGUGUAUAAUUUGUUUCAGUUGAUUUUCCUUAAAAUAUUAAAUCAAAGCAUGUUUAAUAUAUUUCAUAACAUGUAUUGCAGGUUACAAAGAUGUAAAACGUUACUUUUAUGAUUUUGCUUAGCAUUAAAAUAUUUCUCGAGAUGGGAAAGCGGAAUUUAG